AUGGAUUACUCUUUCUAUGAUCCCCGAUCACAGCCCUCCAGCUUUUCGCUAUACGGGCUGCCUACCCCCGACCAACCCCAUCCCCAACCAGAUACAUUCGCCCCUUUGAAUAAUUACCAAAACCUCCCUGGCUUUGACCCCUCGUUCCCUGUCGACCCCUCCUUUGUCCCACCGCCACAUACACCGCCAGAAUCGGUCAAGCAUUCUGCUUCCAGCGAUGCUGCCAACAAUCAGUAUACACGCCCCACCUCAUUCGAGGGCGAUGAGGCUCAAUUCGCCGAUCCAACUUUAGGGAGGAGUAGCAGCGAGGAAAAGGAAUCAGCGCCCGCGCAAAGCAAGCGCAAGGCACAGAACCGAGCAGCUCAACGGGCGUUCCGGGAGCGCAAGGAACAGCACGUCCGCGACCUGGAAGACAAAGUAAACAACCUCGAACAAGCAUCCAACACCUUACAAGCCGACAACGAGCGCCUCAAGCGCGAGCUGGCCCGGUACACAACCGAGAAUGAAAUCCUGCGUGCGACAACACUACACGCCAACCACGGACAUGCCAACUUCCAUACCACCUUCAUGCCCGAUGGCCCUGGCACACCUCGAAGUCCGCAACACCGUCUCACCGUGUGUCCGAUAAGCGGCGAGAAGCUGCUGGAUACGCGUGCUACGUGGGACCUUAUUCAGAAACACGAGCUGUUUGAGCGCGGCCAGCUUGAUAUCGGCGAUGUCACGGAGCGUUUGAAGGGUAUGUCGCAGUGUGAUGGACAGGGCCCUGCUUUUAAAGAGAGUCAGGUGCGUCAGGCUAUUGAGGAGAGUGCGGCUGCUGGUCGUGAUGAGUUGAUCUGA